AUGUUUAUGCCCGUGGAUCAUCGGGUGUUAGUAAAAGAGCACCUGGAGCCUCUCCUGCGCGCUUCGCCCUUUAAUAAGACCAAGAUCUUCACUUUUGAGGAUAGCCGCAAGUUUUUGAAGUACUGGAUAGACAGGGUGAUGGCAGACCCAGAUAUGGCUGAGUACAUAGAUGGAGUCUCCGUGCAUUGGUACGAGGAUAGUGAAACGUCUCCGGAAAUAUUGGACGAGAUCGUGAUGGCAGACCCAGAUGUGGCUGAGUACAUAGAUGGAGUCUCCGUGCAUUGGUACGAGGAUAGUGAAACGUCUCCGGAAAUAUUGGACGAGAUCGUUUUUAACCAUAUGUCUAUCGGAUUCAUCGAUUGGAACAUGGCCCUGAACACGGAAGGAGGCCCGGUGUUUCCGGCCACAGGCCCUGAGGACGCCCCCGUCAUAAUGAACGCCUCGGCCGACGAGUUCUACAAGAACCCAAUGUUCUACGUUCUCGGCCACUUCUCCAAGUUUAUCGAUGAAGGAUUGUACCGUGUAGACUCCACUUCUGAACCCCUGUCCAGCAUCACACGAUUCGGAGACAGCGGGUUUGUGUGCGUCUGUAAUGCCACCUACUGUGACACCUUCACCUACCCUUCUCGUUCCACUGAGAACUUCACUCACAUCUUCACCAGCAACCACACGCCGGGCUACAACUUUCGCUGGGGCACUGUACAGAACGCGUCCACACUUCCCAUCAGCUUGUCUGUGAGUCCGAUAGCAGCAUCUGACUUCUGCACCAGAACCUACACGUACGAUGAUACUCCUGGUGACGUCACCUUGGAGCAUUUCCAGUUGGCUAAAGAGGAUUACGAAUACAAGAUUCCAAUUAUCAACGCAGCAAAGGGGAUCAGUCGACACAGUUUGUACUUGGUCUCAACUCCAUGGACCAGUCCUAAUUGGACAAAAACCAACAAUAACUAUCCACCAGGGUACUUGAAGAAAGAAUACUGGCCCUAUUGGGCUAAUUACUUAUUACGAUUCCUGGAAGAAUACAAGAAAGAAGGAAUAGACUUUUGGGGGUUUUCAAUCUCCAAUGAACCCUCAAACUCAAUAUAUAUGGGCCUGACUUACUUAAUCAACAAUGUAAUGUUUAUGCCCAUGGAUCAUCGAGUAUUUGUAAAACAGCACCUGGGGCCACUCCUGCGCGCUUCGCCCUUUAAUAAAACCAAGAUCUUUACUUUUGAAGAUAGCCGCAAGUUUUUGAAGUACUGGAUAGACAGGGUGAUGGCAGACCCAUAUGUGGCUGAGUACAUAGAUGGAGUCUCCGUGCAUUGGUACGAGGACAGUGAAACGUCUCCGGAAAUAUUGGACGAGAUCGUCAAGAAGUACAAUAAGUUCAUUAUUUAUACAGAAGCGUGCAUCCCCUUGUCAAUGGACCCUACCAAAGUAGUUGAUCUGGGGUCAUGGAAGCGGGGUGGAUUGUAUGCUGAAGAUAUAAUAGACGUUUUUAACCAUAUGUCGAUCGGAUUCAUCGACUGGAACAUGGCCCUGAACACGGAAGGAGACCCGGUGUUUCCCGCAUCAGGCCCUAUGGACGCCCCAGUCAUAGUGAACGCCUCGGCAGACGAGUUCUACAAGAACCCAAUGUUCUACGUUUUGGGACAAUUCUCCAAAUUUAUCGAUGAAGGGUCCUACCGUGUAGACUCCACUUCUGAACCCCUGUCCAGCAUCAGUCACCUAGCCACCACUAAUCCUGAUGGCAGCACAUCUCUUUUCCUAUACAAUCCAACAAUGAGUGACUUGAGUUUCUGGGUGUACGACAUCGUCAAGGACAAAGCAAUGAACAUAACUGUAUUAGCUGGAUCUUUAAAUACAAUUGUAUGGUGGUAGAUAUUUUUUUAAAUAAUACAAAUUUUACUAAGAC